CGCCAGGCCUGACGCCAUCCAGAGCGGAUCGGGGGACUACGCUCUGCACAUCACCAAGAGACUCCUUCAGUUUUACCAGGAUUACUUCAAAGUCAAAUAUUCCCUCCCUAAAUUAGAUCUGCUGGCGGUGCCGAAGCAUCCGUACGCAGCCAUGGAGAACUGGGGCCUGAGUGUGUUUGUGGAGCAGAAGAUCUUGUUGGAUCGUGACGUCUCCUCCUUCUCCUAUCAGAUGGAGCUCACCAUGGUGGUGGUGCACGAGAUCUGUCAUCAGUGGUUUGGGGAUCUGGUCACACCGGUUUGGUGGGAAGACGUUUGGCUGAAGGAGGGAUUCGCUCAUUAUUUUGAGUACAUCGGGGCCGAUUUCCUCUUUCCAAAGUGGAACAUGGAGAAGCAGAGGUUCCUGACUGACGUUCUUCAUGAAGUCAUGUUACUGGACGGUUUGGCCAGUUCUCAUCCCAUCUCUCAGGAAGUGUUUGAAGCCACAGACAUCGACAGAGUGUUUGACUGGAUCGCGUAUAAGAAGGGAGCCGCUCUGAUCCGAAUGCUGGCUAACGUCAUGGGACAGCCGCUAUUCCAGAGAGGCCUCAAUGAUUACUUGAUGACGCACAUGUACGGAAACGCGGCGAGAGAUGACUUGUGGAACAAAUUCUCCGAGGCCAUGCAGCGGGAGGGAAAGGACAUCAACAUCACGCAGGUCAUGGACCGCUGGACGCUCCAGAUGGGUUACCCCGUCGUCACCAUCAGCAAGAACGACAGUCUUGACAACAGUGUCACCAUCUCACAAGAGCACUUCGUCUAUGACACCGACGCCAAGAUCCAGAAUCCUGAGCUGUUCAACAAAAGCUUCCAGUGGCAAAUACCGCUGACGCUCGCGGUGGGAAACUCCAGUCACAUAUCAACAGAGACCAUCAUCUGGGUCUCCAAUAAAACAGAGAGGCACAGAGUGGGUCACGUGGACGGCGAGACGUGGUUGCUGGGCAACAUCAAUCAAACGGGCUACUUCAGAGUGAACUACGACCUUCACAACUGGAGACUUCUCAUUCAACAGCUGAUGACCAACCCAACGAUCAUCUCUGUGGGCAACAGGGCCGGUCUGAUUGAUGACGUCUUUAACCUAGCGAGAGCGGGGUAUUUGCCCCAAAACGUCCCCCUGCAGAUGAUCUCAUAUUUAUCUCAGGAGACUGAGUUUCUGCCGUGGCACGCUGCUAGUCGAGCUCUUUACCAGCUGGAUAAACUCCUGGACCGCACAGAAGACCACAGCCUGUUUAGCGACUAUGUUCUAAGACAGGUGGAACCGAAGUAUCACAAGCUGGGCUGGCCUGCCUCUUCCCCUGACGGCUCCUUCAUGCAGGCGGCUUAUCAGGCCGAAGAGCUACAGAGAGAGGUAAUGAUGCUGGCCUGCAGUUUUGGAAACAAACACUGUCACCGACAGGCUGUUUCUCUCAUUUCAGACUGGAUUUCCAGCAACAAGAACAGGAUUCCACCCAACGUGAGGGACAUUGUGUACUGCACGGGUGUUUCUCUGAUGGAUGAGGACGUGUGGGAGUUCAUCUGGAUGAAGUUUCACUCAUCGACAGCCAUCUCUGAGAAGAAGGUUCUUUUGGAGGCCUUGACCUGCAGUGACAACAUCUUCCUGCUCAACAGGCUCCUGAACCUGUCCCUCACCUCUGACCUGGUGCCCGAUCAGGACGUGAUCGAUGUCAUCAUUCACGUGGGCCGCAAUCCGCUCGGAAGACAUUUAGCGUGGAGAUAUUUCCGCGAGAAGUGGGACAUAUUGAAUUCCAGGUACGGAGAGGCCUUAUUUAUGAACUCAAAAUUAAUCAGCGGCGUGACGGAGUUUCUCAACACCGAGGCCGAGUUGAAUGAGCUGAAAGAGUUCAUCCUGACCAGCGGGGGAGAGUCUGCACCUGCGUUCGCCCGAGCCGUCGAGAUCGUUCAAGCUAAUGUAAAAUGGCACGUCCUGUUCCAUCAACAGCUUUACCGAUGGCUGCGAAAAGCUCUCGACGGUUAGCCUCUAUUAGCAUCGAAACCCUAUCAGACAUCUCCAGGCCAGAGACGCGAGGACACUCAAUUAAAAGUAAAACAUUUACGAACUCAGAGAAACAGCAAAAUUUUACUUCUGUUUCUCUGCUGUUUAUGGAACAACCAGGCACUGACAGACCAAGACGAAUUUCGCAGAUCACAGCGCCGCCCUGCUGGCCAGCACAGCCACUGCACAAUAGACAAUAAAAGGUGGAGGAAAAGGACAAGUUGUAGAAAAUGAAUUGAAAAAAAAUUGCACCACUUAAAAUAGUAACUGAUGGAAUGAAAUUUGCACUUUUGAUUUAACAUCAUUUUGACGUCAUUCGAUCCUCUUUUUAUCCUAAUUUUAUUAAUAACUUGAAUAUUUUAAAGCGUAAUCUUGACAAGUAGCUUUUGGAAAAAUUCCAUCUUUCCCCAAUUCAGUCCAUCUUAUGAGCUGUACGUUUAUGUUUAUUAACUCCAAUAGAAAGAAAAUGACUAUGAAAGGACUUUGUCUACACUCACUGCAUUCCCUCCCCGAAGACUGCUGCUGUUCUCGUACGGAACAGGGACGCUUUUCAAAGUUUCAAAGCUCCUCUUUGCUUUCCUUGCACAAUCACACCAUUUUAUUGAUUUAUCUUUUGUACAAUAUCAAAUGAGGCCAUAUCUACCUUCAUCAAUCAGCUGAAUAAAGCUAACUGUAGGUCAAGAGAGGAUCCAGAACAGGUCGUUUUCAUUUGUCUGUUAUCAUGGACAAACACAUGCAAGCUUGUCUGAUUAUGGGUCGAUGCUAUAUAAGGAUUUCUUAAAGGUGCCUAUGUCUGUUGUCUUGGGUCAGUAGUGGAAUGCAGAUGGAGAUUCUUUAAAAUUGACAAAUGAUAAUUUAACUUGAAGUAUGUGCAUAUACAUGUAUGCUGGUUUAUGUGUAUAUAUUUAUACUAAGUUAAAUAACAUAUGGGUCAAUGGUGUGGCAUUUUAGUUUUGUUUUUGCUUUUUUAUUGCUUUUUUUUUAUUAAUUAAAUGGAUAGUUCAUCCAAAAAUGUAAAUUCUGUCAUCAUUUACUCACCCUUAUGUCGUCCCAUGUGCCUUUUAUCUUUGGAAUUAAAAAAUAUAUAUUUUUAAAAAUAUUUUCUUAUGUUUUUGUCUUCUAAAGAGGCUCGAUUGCUUUAUAUAAUGAACAGAUUAAUUUAAGUUUAUAUUCCCAUUUAACCAUUGAUCAACACAAAUAGAGCUCAAUAGUAUGGUAGAAACUCAACACAGAAGCUCAACUGUGUGCUUGAUUUUUGUUUUUUGAUGAACUAUCCAAAGUUAUUUAAAAAGUACUGUAUAUUGUUGCAGUUUAUACAGACUACAACCUAAAAAUGUUGAACUUCUGUGAUGACGGUGUUCAAAUUCUAAAUUAAAAUGAAUUUUUAUAUUUUUUUGUGAAUGUUAAAAUAAUACAUGUCAGGGUGGUGUAACCAUUGAAAAGCUUAAUUUAUUUUAAAAUACUUGUCAUGAUUAUGUAUAAUUAUUUCUUACAAAUUAAAAAUUGUAUUUUUAUUUAUUCAUACAUUUUUGAAGCCAUAUUGAUAUUUGAAAAAAACGUUAAAAUCCAAAUCACUGUGGUAUAACCAGCAUAUAGCAUUUGAGUCCGAUUUGACCUUUUUACUAUGUGGCAAAGAUUGUCAGAUCUCAAAAUCGUAUAACCUGAAAAUAUUUGGAAUUAAUGAUGUCCAUAUUCCAUUCUUUUACAUAUUUUGAAAACAUUUAUUUAUAUAAUAAUAAUUUUUCAUUACCUAGUGGUUGCACCACUUGACAUUUUUAUUAAAUAUAUGUUUACAUACACCCUUAUAAUCUACCCAUAUUUUUUUCUACUCGUGCAGAUGCAGUGGUGUGAAAAAGUGCUGGCCCCCCUCCUGAUUUUUUAUUUCUUUUUUUGUAUGUCACACUUUGAUGUUUCACAUCAUCAAACAAAUGUAAUUAUUAAAAUCAAAGAUAAACACAACAUGCAGUUUUUUAAGUUAAGGUUUUUAUUACGAAGGGGAAACAAAAUCCAAACCCACAUGGCCCUGUGUGAAAAGUACUUGCCCCUAAACCUAAUAACUGGUCGGGCCCCCCUUAACAGCAACAACUGCGAUCAUGAGUCUGCUACAGCGCUGUGGAGGAACUUUAGCUCACUCACCUUUGUAGAAUUGUUAUAAUUCAGCCACACUGGAAGGUUUUUGAGCAUGAACCGCCUUUUUAAGGUCAUGCCACAGCAUCUAAAUGGGAUUCAGGUCAAGACUUUGACUAGGCCACUCCAAAGUCUUCAUUUUGUUUUUCUUCAGCCAUUCAGAGGUGGACUUGCUGGUGUGUUUCGGAUCGUUGUCCUGCUGCAGAACCCAAGUUCGUUUCAGCUUGAGGUCACAAACAGAUGGCCGGACAUUGUCCUUAUUUUUGGUACACAGCAGAAUUCCUGAUUUCAUUUAAUCACAGCAAGUCUUCCAGGUCCUGAAGCACUGUUUUACUGUUGAAAUUCUGUUCUUUUCUGAAAUGCUGUUACUUUUACGCCAAAUGUAAUGGGACACUUUUGUCUCGUCCACAGAGUAUUGUCCCAAAAGUCUUGGGGAUCAGCAAGAUGUUUUCUGGCAAAACUGAGACAAGCCUUUAUGUUCUUUUUGUUUAGCAGUGGUUUUCGUCUUAUAGUGCCCAGUCUCUUUCUUAUGUUGGAGUCUUUUGUGACAUUUUGCAUGAGCCUUAGCUGUGCUCUUGGGUUCAUUUUGGUCAGCCCAGUCCAUUCUUGGGAAGGCUCACCACUAUUUUCGUCAUUUGUGCAAACUCUUUUCACACAGGGCCAUGUGGGUUCGGAUUUAGUUUUCCCUUUAUGAUAAAAACUUCAUUUAAAAACUGCAUGUUGUGUUGACUUCUGUUAUCUUUGAUUUAUAUUUAAAUUUGUCUGAUGAUCUGAAACAUCAAAGUGCGACAAACAUGCAGAAAAAAAGAAAAAAAAAAGAAACUAAAUCAGGAAGGGGGCCAAAACUUUUGUCACAUCACUGUACAUACUUAUUACGAAGCAUUUACAUUUUGUAGAUAUGUUAAUUUGUGUCUGUUUAUUUGUUUUGUAUACGUCGCAGGCAUAAAAUGUAAAAAUGAAAAUCUUAAAAAUAUAUAUCAGUUAUCAGUGCCUUUUCUACCUCACUAUCCUUUUCCAAUUAGAAAGACUGGCAGUGCCUUAAAUAAACCUGUCGUAAACAUU